UGGUACUGGCUGAUAGAGCAAUAUGUCCACACAAAUAUGAUGUUUAUAACCUUUAUAAAAAAUACCUUAAUAAAUCAGUUGGUGCACAAAAUAGAAAAGAAAUGUUUUUGUGUUUAGCUGAGGAGGUUGAAGAGUUUAAUACCAGUAAUAGAGGAAAUGCUUGGAUGCAACCGUAUAUUGCACCAACAAACAAUAAACCUAACCAACCUUUUAUAUUAGUUAUUGUUACUAACCUUAUGAGAUGCUGUCAUUCAUUGCAACAAGCUAGUGAAUUAGUAUAUAUAGAUGCUACUGUGGGUCUUGAUAAUCUUAAUACUCCCUUAACUGUUAUUUCAACAAGCACACCUAUUGGCAGCUUACCUCUUGCUGCAAUAUUAACAUCAGAUGAAACUGCAUCUACUUUAACAAGUGCCUUGGAAGCGUUAAAACGUAUAAUGCCAUCUACUGCAUUUAGUGGACGUGGAUCUAUUACUGGACCACAAGUAAUUAUAACUGAUGAUUCUA